UCACGGCCCCGACGGCGCGGAGGAAUUGGGGCGCCGGCGGCCCCGUGGGCUCCGCCCUGUGCCAGGCUUAGAGAUGCCAGGACGAGAAAGACCGAGGCUUUGACUCAGGCCACGAAGGAGGGUGACACACAGACAACCGCAAGGAAAGCUGUGAAAUCCCCGGGCUCCUUGGCAUCGGGAAGCAUCCCUGCUUAAGAAACAGAAGCAGGCAUGCCUCCUCCUCUUCCAAGCCUGGGCCCUUUCACUUUCAUUUUGGUCUGGGCACCCUGUGACACCAGAACCCUGUGACAGUCGCAGCACGGACUCUGCUGAGAGAGUCUCCGCCGUUUGGGGACCCUCCCCGGCCUUGAAGCUCUGAGAGGUUGCGUCCCCUCGCUUCCCAGAACCCAGAGGCUGAGGGCUGAGCCCCGAUCCAGCGUGGACAGAGGCGACAGCCUGUAAUGUUGUGAAAUGUGCGCGCAAGAGGCUUUCCAGGCACAGAGGAGCCAGCUGGUGGGGCUGCUGGUCUCGGGGUCCCUGGAGGGCUUCGAGAGUGUCCUGGACUGGCUGCUCUCCUGGGACGUCCUCUCCUGGGAGGACUAUGAGGGCCUCAGCGUCCUGGGCCAGCCCCUCUCCCACUUGGCCAGGCGCCUCCUGGACACUGUCUGGAACAAGGGUGCCUGGGCCUGUGAACAACUCCUCGCAGCUGUGCAGGAGGCCCGGGCCGACAGCCAGUCACCCAGGCUGCAUGGCCACUGGGACCCCCACUCAUCCCACCCCGUCCGCGACCUGCGGAGUCACCGGCCAGCCAUCGUCAGGAGACUCUACAGCCACGUGGAGGGAGUGCUGGACCGGGCCCAGGAGCGGGGUUUCGUCAGCCCGUACGAAUGUGACGAAAUCAGGUUGCCCGUCUUCACGUCAUCCCAGCGGGCGAGAAGGCUCCUCGACCUUGCCACCGUGAAGGUGAAUGGAUUGGCUGCCUUCCUUCUACAGCAUGUUCAGGAAUUACCAGUCCCGACGACCCUGCCUUUCGAAGAUGCUGCAUGUACGAAGUACAUGGCCAAGCUGAGGGCCACGGUCUCUGCUCAGUCUCGCUUCCUGAGCACCUACGAUGGGGCAGAGAAUCUUUGCCUGGAGGAAAUAUACACAGAGAAUGUUCUGGAGAUCCGGACAGAGGUGGGCACGGCUGAGCCCCUACAGAAGAGCCCGGCCACUCUGGGCCUGGAGGACCUCUUCAGCACCCGUGGCCACCUCAACGAGGACGCGGACACCGUGCUGGUGGUGGGCGAGGCGGGCAGCGGCAAGAGCACGCUCCUGCAGCAGCUGCACCUGCUGUGGGCCACGGGGCGGGACUUCCAGGAGUUUUUGUUCGUCUUCCCGUUCAGCUGCCGGCAGCUGCAGUGCAUAGCAAAGCCUUUGUCCGUGCGGACGCUGCUCUUUGAACAUUGCUGCUGGCCUGACCUUGGCCAACAGGAGGUCUUCCAGUUCCUCCUGGACCACCCCGACCGCGUGCUCUUAACCUUCGAUGGCUUUGACGAGUUCAGGUUCAGGUUCACGGACCGUGAGCGUCACUGCUCCCCGACCGACCCCAUGUCGGUCCAGAAUCUGCUGUUCAACCUUCUGCAGGGCAACCUGCUGAAGAACGCCCGCAAGGUGUUGACCAGCCGUCCGGCCGCCGUGUCCGCGUUCCUCCGGAAGUACGUGCGCGCGGAGCUCGCCCUCAAGGGCUUCUCGGAAGACGGCAUCGAACUGUACCUGCGGAAGCGCCAUCGCGAGCCGGGGGUGGCCGACCGCCUGAUCGGCCUGCUCAAAGCGACCUCAGCCCUGCACGGUCUGUGCCACCUCCCCGUCUUCUCGUGGAUGGUGUCCAAAUGCCACCAGGAACUGUUGCUGCAGGGCGGAGGGUCCCCCAAGACCACCACGGACAUGUACCUGCUGAUCCUGCAGCACUUCCUGCUGCACGCCGCCCCCCCAGACUCAGCCCGUCAGGGUCUGGGACCCAGCCUGCUUCGAGGCAGGCUCCCCACGCUCCUGCACCUCGGCCGCCUGGCUCUCUGGGGCCUGGGCAUGAGCUGCUACGUGUUCUCCGCCCCGCAGCUCCAGGCGGCGCAUGUCGACAGCGAGGACGUUUCUCUCGGCUUCCUGGUGCACGCCAAAAGGGGUGCGCCCGGGAGCACAGCCCCCCUGGAGUUCCUGCACAUCACGUUCCAGUGCUUCUUUGCCGCCUUCUACCUCGCACUCAGUGCUGAGCUGCCGGCGUCCUUGCUCAGACACCUCUUCGGUGGUCGCCAGCCGGGGAGCUCGCUGCUGGCCAGGCUGCUGUCCACGCUGUGCGUGCCCGACUCGCGAUGCGAGGAGGCCAGUGUGGCCGCUUUGCUGCAGGAGGCGGAGCCACACAACCUGCAGAUCACAGCAGCCUUCCUGGCAGGGCUGGUGUCGCGGGAGCACCGGGUCCUGCUGGCCGAGUGUCAGGCGUCCGAGAAGGCCCUGCUGCGGCGCCAGGCCUGUGCCCGGAGGUGCCUGGCCCGCAGCCUCCACGAACACUUCCAUACCAUCCCACCGGCCGUUCCGGGCGAGGCCAAGAGCAUGCACGCCAUGCCGGGGUUCGUCUGGCUCAUCCGGAGCCUCUAUGAGAUGCGGGAGGAGCGGCUGGCGCGGGAGGCCGUGCGUGGGCUGAACGUCGGGCACCUCAAGCUGACCUUUUGCGGCGUGGGCCCUGCCGAGUGCGCGGCCCUGGCCUUCGUGCUGCGCCACCUCCGGCAGCCCGUGGCCUUGCAGCUGGACCACAACUCCGUGGGCGACGUGGGCGUCGAGCAGCUGCUGCCCUGCCUCGGCGUCUGCAAGGCUCUGUACCUGCGAGAUAAUAACAUCUCAGACCGGGGCAUCUGCAAGCUCAUCGAACACGCCCUUCAUUGUGAGAAGCUGCAGAAGUUAGCUCUGUUCAACAACAAGCUGACCGAUGGCUGUGCACACUCCAUGGCCAGGCUGCUCGGGUGCAGGCGGAACUUCCUGGCCUUGAGGCUGGGGAACAACCACAUCACUGCCGCAGGAGCCCAGGUGCUGGCCCAGGGGCUCAGGGCCAACGCCUCCCUCCAGUUCCUGGGGUUCUGGGGCAACAAGGUGGGUGACGAGGGGGCCCAGGCCUUGGCUGAAGCUGUAGGUGAUCACCAGAGCUUGAAGUGGCUCAGCCUGGUGGGGAACGACAUCGGCAGCACAGGUGCUCGGGCCCUGGCGUCGAUGCUGGAAAAGAACGUGGCCCUGGAAGAGCUCUGCCUGGAAGAGAACCAUCUCCAAGACGAAGGUGUGUGUUCUCUCGCCGAAGGACUUAAGAGAAAUUCAAGUUUGAAAGUCCUGAAGCUGUCCAACAAUCGCAUCACCUGCCGUGGGGCAGAAGCCCUCCUGAAGGCCCUGGAAAGAAAUGACACUAUCCUGGAAGUCUGGCUUCGAGGAAACACUUUCUCUCCUGAGGAAAUGGAGAGGCUCAGCCACAGGGACGCCAGACUCUUGCUUUGAUGUCUCCAGGCCAAGGUCCUCCCAGUCUGUGUGCGAGGGGGCCGUGGCUCUGGAGCCCAGGAGCCGGAUUCCACCUGGCAGCGGCCCAUUCAGAUGGAGCCCUGUCCCCAGGCCUAGGGCGGAUGUUGUACAUCUCCUUCAUCCUGGCAGAGGAAGGAGCAUCAGCGCUCUUCGGAGCAGGCGUUUGCCAUCAAGUUCUUCCCACGAUUCGAUCCACAGGCGGUAGCAAAGGAGCAGCCCCUUAUAACGUGGGGCCGGCCUCCGGGGGUUUGCCGAGUGCCUGUGGGCGCAGAGACCUGGAUCCACGGGAGAGGCCCCUUCCCACCCCGCUCGCCAUGAGGAGAGGUGUUCAGGAAGGAACUGUCUGCCACGUCGCAGCUCCUGGGUAGGCGUCCAGGCCGUUCCCCACAUCCGGUUCCUCCGCUCAUCCUGGACCCCGCACGUGGCACUUCUCUGCUGGAGGAUUACGAAGAUCAGUGUUCUCAGCUUUGCUGCUUCCCGUAUGGCUGCCCGCUGCCCAUCUCCCAGCCUGGGAGGGGUUGCGAUUUACCCCUUUCUCCUUUCCGGUACUUAAGAUGUUAUUGGGAGGGGACACAUGACAGCCAUUUAGCCCCCAAGAUAUUCUAGAUUUGCAAAAAAAAUAUGUCCAUCUAUAGCUGCCAUCACACAUGGACUUUUAUUUCCAGCGAAGUCAAUUACUCUUCCAUGAAGCCUUUAGAAACAACUCGCCAUCCAAAUGCAGCUUUUAAAAAUUCGUCUGCGUCAGAAUUUUGAACGGCCUCACUAGGUUUCUGGUUUCUGGUUGAUGCUCAUGAACUGAAUUCUGAGAGCAGACUUCCAAAAUAUACCCCUAAGAGUCAGUUCCGUUUUCUUCGUGCCAGAAUGCUUUAGGAUAUAAAGUUAUGGAUCAAAGGUUUACAGGGGCAAAAUCAAAGGCCCUUCCUUUCAAGCAGAUGUGUGUUUGGAUUUUUCGAGAGGGUGCAUGUUGUAGCUUUUGUAAAUUGUCAGUGCUGUGCAAGUGUUAUUAUUUUAAACGUUAUUAUUUGUGAAACCUGGUUAAUAUUUAUAAACCACUUUGUGUUAUUCUCCCAAGUUUAUAUUUUUAUUAAAAAAAAAAAAACAACUGUGAA